UUGUCAGAUUUAGAAAUAUGUUAUUGUUAUGGAAAGUGCGGAAAAGAGUGAAAAGAGCCAAAAAAAGUUCCAACAAAUCAAAAACAAAUUCAUAUAUCAAAAGAAGCUGCCUUACAUUUCAUUUGAAUUACACUACAUUACGAAGACUGCAAACGCUUUGUUAUUUUUUUAUCAUUUGUGACACGGUACAAUGCGUUUACAUGAUGGCAAAAUCUAUUAAUCUUGUUAUUAACUUUAGUAGUUUCGUAAAUAUGAUUUCUGAUAACAAAGGUUAUUACUUACCCACAGCUCUAGGUAUUUCAGCAUUUUUAGCAAUUAUUUUAAAUAUAAUCAUUGCGGUUAUAAUUAAAAAAGCUUUUCGACCAAUACCUCAAAAGUUUAUAAACGUAGUUAUGUUUAUAAUGUCUUGUUUAUUGUCUAUUUUUGUGGUAUUAUUGUAUGCAAUGUGUCUAAUGAUAUUCAUACGUAUUUUUGACUCACACCAACUUUCACAUGAUGGAAUGAUUACCGCGAUGAAAAAUUAUGGAAAGAACUUUGAAUUAAAGAAACAAAUUGAUAAUUUGCAAAUAAAAUUUCAAUGUUGCGGAAACAGAAACUACACGGAAUGGUAUAAUAUUACUUGGUAUGAAGAAGAUCUACGAACUACUGCACAGGACGGUACAUUAGGAGAAGUACCAUUUAGUUGUUGUUCUUUUGGAGUAAUUUCUCAAUGCAUACAUCAUGGAGUAGAAAGGUUAUCUUCAGUUUCACCUUACAUUUACAAUAAACAUGUAAACUUCAGCGUAACUCCAAGAGGAUGUUUUUCAGAGAUAGUAAAGCAGGAAAAAAGAUUUAGUUGGCAAUGUACAAUUCUCAUUGCUUUACUUUUAAAAGUAAACCUUUGUAUACUAUGCUUGUUAAGAUGUAUACAAACAGCACACAAGGAAACAUAUAUGUUUGAUUUGACGAAAAAGCGGUAUAUAUCUUGGAUAUUAUUCUGUGGUGGACACGCAAAGCAUAAAGAAUAUAAAAGAAAAAGUCAGGUUCCACCUGUUCCUCCAGUGCCUCGAAGUUUUUUUAAAUAAUGUAAAGCGUAUUUAAUGUUAAAUAAAAGUAUUCAUAAGUUUAUGUUUAAACUGAAACGAGUGAAA